AUGGCGGCUGCAAGUUAUCAUGGACGUUUGGCGGAGUUCAGCCCAGGAAUUGACACCGUAGAGGACUAUAAAGAGAGGUUCUUCUUGUAUUGUACAGCUAACUCGAUCGAAGAUGGAGACAAACAGAAGGCCGUGUUCUUGACGAACAUCGGAGGGACGACCUACACCCUAUUGAAGAACCUAGUAAGACCGCGACUGCCGCAAGAUCUCGAGUUGGAGGCGCUGAUUGACGUGCUAAAGAGGCACUACCAGCCCAAAGUAGUCGUCAUAGCGGAGCGAUUCAAGUUCUUCAAAAGACAACAGCGAGAAGGUGAGUCAAUCGCUGUGUAUUUGUCUGAGCUGCGUCGGUUAGCGAAGGACUGCGAGUUUGGGGAGUAUUUACAAACCGCGCUACGCGACCAACUCGUAUGUGGGUUGAAUAGUGAAGCACUACAAAGGAAAGUGUUGGCAGAGACAGACCUUACGUUAGAGAGGGCUCUGCAAAUAUCACAGGCAUUCGAAGCAGCGAGACAAGAGACAAGGAUUCUUCGUGGGUGUGCACCACAAGGUCCGCCCACUCUGAAGUCUGAGACCGCGUACAUUGUUCGGAAAGACAAGACAGGUGUCAAUACGAAAACCACGAAACACGGAAGUGGUGGCGAACAAGCAUGUCACCGAUGCGGAACGAAAGGGCAUACGCCACAGAAUUGUAGAUUUAAGACACAAACGUGCCAUUUUUGCAAGGGACAGGGGCAUAUUAGUCGAGUAUGCCGGAAGAGAAUGCAGAGUAGAGAUUCCAAAGACGCAACACGUGGAAAGGGGAAGCCCCGAACUACCCAUCAUGUAGAUGAGGAAUCGCUUAGUGUUGUUUAUAGUAUCUCAAACAAGAGAGGUGUCACAGUGGAAAUGGACGUUGCUGGAAGACAGAUAGAGUUAGAAAUCGAUACCGGAGUAACAGUUACGGUUAUCCCCACUAGUACAUAUCAGAAGUACUUGAAACAUAUACAGUCGCGCCCAAGUACCACCAGAUUGCACGCGUACAAUGGACAGCCCUUGAAUGUGCAAGGAGAAGCGGAAGUUCCUGUAAGAUACAAGGAACAGCAAGUAAAUGUAAAGUUUCAUGUGGUAAAAGUGAAGAACAAGCCCGUCAUCCUAGGAAGAGACUGGUUGAAACAUUUUAAACUAGAUUGGGAUUCAAUCUUCACUGUACAGAAAUUUCAGACAAUAGACCCAGUGGAAACCUUUCCACAGUUGUUUGGCACUGGGGUAGGUACAUUGGUUGGAUAUCAGGCCAACAUCAUGUUGAAUACAGAUGCCAAACCAAAGUUUCAUCGAUCCAGACCAAUUCAAUAUGCCUUGCAUGGUAAGGUCGAUGCUGAACUCGAACGGAUGCGGAAGAAAGGUAUUCUGAAACCAGUAGAGAAGAGUGAAUGGGCAUCACCCAUCGUGGUAGUUCGAAAGGGGGAUGGAAAUGUUAGAAUAUGUGGCGACUACAAGGUCACCAUCAACCCCUAUAUUGAUUUGGAUCAAUAUCCGAUGCCGAAUCCAGAUGACUUGUUUUCGACCUUAGCAGGAGGGAAGAAAUUUUCUCGUUUGGAUCUCAAGCAAGCGUAUCAACAGAUGUUAGUAGACCUCAGAAGUCAGCAAUACCUAACCAUUAAUACACACAAGGGCAUGUUUACGUACACAAGGAUGCCAUUUGGCAUAAGCUCAGCACCCAGUAUAUGGCAACAAGCUAUAGAUAACGUUUUAUCAGGACUGGACGGAGUCAUCUGCUACCUAGAUGAUAUUCUAAUAGUGGGCAACAGUGAUGAACAGCAUAACCACAGGUUAUUCAAGGUCUUGGAAAGACUUAACCAAGCCGGAAUUAAGCUAAAAAUGGAAAAAUGUGAAUUUGGCAAGUCCAAGGUAGAAUAUUUGGGGCACGUGGUGAGUGCAGAAGGCAUAUCCCCAUCUCGAAGUAAGAUGGAAGCGAUUCAAAAUGCACCUGACCCUAGUAACGUGACUGAAUUGAAGGCUUUCUUGGGACUUCUAAAUUAUUAUGGGAAGUUCUUACCUAAUUUGUCAUCGACAUUACAACCACUGUAUAUCUUACUGAAGAAACAGCAACGUUGGAAGUGGUUGGAUCAACAGAGAAAGGCAUUCCGGCAGGCAAAACAAAUACUAGUGAAAUCGGACUUACUAGUACAUUAUGAUUUGGGUAAGCCCAUCAAGUUAAGUUGUGAUGCUUCACCAUAUGGAGUAGGAGCGUGUCUAAGUCGUGUCAUGGAAGAUGGCACUGAACGCCCAGUCGCAUUUGCAUCACGAACACUAGCUCCAGCUGAGAAGAAUUAUGCUCAUUUAGAAAAAGAGGCCCUAGCCUUGAUUUAUGGAGUAAGACACUUCCAUAAAUACCUGAUGGGAAGAAAGUUUACGCUAUUAACCGAUUAUCGACCGCUACUGAGGAUUCUAGGAGCUAAGGAAGGAGUUCCUACGCUAGCAGCUGCACGACUGCAGCGCUGGGCACUCAUAUUAAGUGCAUACAGCUAUGAGCUAGAAUACAGGACAGGGCCGGAUAACAAGGAAGCUGAUGUAUUGUCUCGACUUCCUAUACCAGCAGAAGUGAUUGAUCCAAAUGAACAAAUCUUUGGAGUGGAUUAUUGUGAACCAUUGCUUAUGACUGCCAAAGAGAUUGCAAAGGCAACCCAAUUGAAUGUGGUGACAAGGAGAGCAUAUCAAUAUACUCGAUACGGAUGGACUACCAGAGAUGUGGACCAAUCCUUACAACCAUUUGCUAAACGUGCUAAUGAGUUAUCGAUCGAAGGAGGCUGCUAUUGUGGGGCAGCAGAGUUAUCAUCCCAGAGGAAUUGA